AUGUUAGCCCGCCGCAGAACCAUCGUUGCGGCUUUUCUCACCACCUUCUGCCUCUUUAGCGCAUAUUAUGUCUGGCAUAAGGAGCCUUCGAAUCUGGUUGCUUCCUUGCAAGAUACGCAAUCUCACCUCUGGCAGCAUUUACAUCCCGCAUUAGAGAAAUAUGCACCCGACUGUCCUGAACCGACCCAGAACGGCAGCCCAGGCCUCCCACGAUUCGACGCAAUACAUGAGACCCCUCGUCGAAGCCUCCUCACUAAUGUAGAUGAACUCUUACAGCCCAUGCAAGCUGCUCACGAUGGCUUUGUUCAGGCUACCCGCAACUUGAACGUUGGGAAUGCUUUUGUUCCGGGAACAGUAGGCAUAGUGUCAUCGGCCGGAGGCUCAUAUUUGCCUACUUUUGUGGUGUCUCUUUCGUUGCUGCGUCGGACUGGAUCGAUGUUACCAGUAGGACUCUUCAUGAAGGAUCAAACGGAGUAUGAAGUACAUAUUUGCGAGACCGAGAGCAUCCCACCGAUAGAGGGGUUCCAGAUCAAGUCUUUCGCCGUACUGUUUUCUUCAUUUGAGAAGCUUAUAUGGCUAGAUGCGGACUGCGUCCAUCUCCAUGGCCCAACAGUGCUACUCGAAUCUGAACCUUUCACAUCUUCCGGCCUGGUCACCUGGCCAGACUUCUGGGCCAAUACAGCCGCCCCAGUAUAUUUCAACAUUUCCCGUCAGCCUGAACCAUCUUCCACAACACGACAAGCCACCGAAGCCGGGAUAAUGCUUGUUUCCAAACUAACGCAUUUUCCUAGUUUACUCCUCGCCGCGUAUUAUAAUUCCUACGGACCGAACUGCUAUUACUCUCUACUCAGUCAGGGCGCACCCGGCGCAGGCGACAAAGAAACCUUACUUCACGCCGCGACUGCCCUCAAUCAAAGCUUCUAUGCCGUUAGUGAGACUGUUGUGGAUAUCGGAAAUGUUACUCCCUGGGAUUCGCAGGUCGCAAUUAAUGCAGGAUACGUCCAAGCGGAUCCGAUUCAGGACUACAAUCUGACGAGCCAAGGGAAAUGGCGAGUCCGGGAUCCUUCCGUUGCGAAGCCACCUGGUGUCUUCUUUAUUCAUGCCGGUGCUCCGAAAUUUGACCCGGGAAAGGAAUUACUGUGGGAGAAGCUGCGUGGGUUUGAUGGAAAUCCUACGAGAUUGUGGACUUAUCCACCCGAGGCUAUGAGGCGGCUGGGGUAUGAUGCUGAGCAGAGAUUCUGGGAGGAGACUAUGUCUGUAACAUGCACUAUGGAGUCGGCUUUUGAGACCUGGAAGUCUAAAAGUGAACUUUGUGAUGGUGUCCGGAUGCACUGGAAAGCUGUUUUCGAAAAUCCGGAUAUCGUAAUGCCGACAUUUACUGAUGACUGA